CUCACUUCAACCUGUUGCACCAGUUCAGCAGUGCAGACAAAACGAACAGGCCUAAUGUUUAUGAAGUAUACGCAUCAAUAACAAAAUUUUAAGCCAGUACGAUUGAAGUAAAUAAUACAUUGCAAAAAAUGGCCACUAUGUGGCAUCAACAAAUAUUUGCAUUGGAUGCAAAAUAUAAUACUCUAAGAGCUACUAAAUUAUCCAGUUUAGGAAUGUUGUAUAUUCGUCGUAGAAAUCAGUUACUCCGUGAGAAAUUUUCUAGAGAUCUAGAAAUUGUUACACAGUAUUUAAAAUUACGAUCAAAACUAUUAUGCCGACGUUAUGGAGACUGUCAAGAACAGAACAGCAUAGGGAGUCAUACAAUUAAUGAAGAAUCAUUAGAAAAGAAAAUGAAACAUCACACAAUACAGCGGAAAUCAACUGCAGAGAAUUUUGCAUUUGCUGGUGUACAUCAUGUUUUUGACCAACAUAAGACAGCUGUAUCUAUGCUCAAAUUCGCCAACAAUGACAGAUCUAAAUUAUGUUGUGCAUCAUUAGAUGGUACGCUGUCUAUAUGUGAGGUCAUUAGCACACCCCCAAAAGUAAUUGCUUUGUUGGAAGGUCAUCAUAAUGGUGUAACUGCACUCGACUGGAGUAUCUGCAAUGAUCUUAUAGUUUCCUCUUCUUUGGAUGCUACAAUAAGACUUUGGAGAGUGUGUGUGGAUAUGGAACCAAGUUGUUUGCGUGUGGUGAAUGAUCAACAACGAGCUGAGGUUCUUUGUUGCAGUUUCAUUCCUGCUAACAAUAAUUUAAUAAUAGCUGGAAAUUCUCAAGGCCUGAUUCAGAUUUUAAAUGUAUCCACUGGUAUAUAUACACGUGGUGGAUCGUGUAAGAUCGGUGGAAAGAUUCUUUCUCUGACAUGCGAGGGCAGCGGUGGUUCAAUAAUUUGGGCUGGUAAUGAUAGAGGUGUGAUAGUCUCUUUCCGAUUGGAACCAGGUAUAGGAAGGUUAACAAAGCUACAAAGAGUACUGGAAACUGGUAGUAUGAUAACCAGUCUUUCUUGGCGCUCUUGGUUAUCAAAAGAUGCUCCUUGGGCAGCAUUAUUAAUAAACAGCGCAUGCAACAUGGUGUUGCUAUAUCACGUCGUUGAUAGUCAUGGUUCUUUAUGUUUUUGGAGAAAAUAUCCCAUUAAACAUAGGUAUCGUCUUAUUGUAUAUUAUUCAUUGCGGUCUACUUUCUGUCCACAAAUGGGUGCAUGUUUAAUAGCUACUGGCUCAGAGGAUGGAGCUGUUCAUCUGUUAGACUGUGCAAGAGAAGGAAAGUCCGCAAGAAUCAACCGACUGCAUGGUCAUGCGACGUCUACAAUAACAUUGUCGUUUAAUUAUGAUGAAUCUUUACUUGCGUCUGCAGAUCACGAUGGAUUGGUCAUUCUGUGGCGUAAUCAUCAGCGUCAUUUAUAAAGCAUUCCUUUGCAUGUUUUAUGAUUUUCAUCAGAUUAGAAAGCCUAUUUUAGAUUAGAAAGUCCUAUUUUUUCCAAUAAAAUUCUUCAAAUCUUUGGAUAAACUAUUAAAAUAUUAUGUAUAUUACACAUAAGAAAAAAUUACAAAUUUAAAAAAUUACAAAUCCAUUGAGGGAAAAUUUUAUCUUUGAUAUAUUGUUGGUAAAAUACUUCUGUUUUCAAAUUAUCGAUUUUGGCCAUGCAAGAUUCGAGUUCUGCCUUAUUAGUUUUGAAGUUUUAGCGACAACUGGUCAUCUCCUUUAAUGAAGAAGUCACAAUAUCAUUCGACGGCAGGUCUGACAAAUGUUUUAUUUUUAAAUAGUAUGAGUUAACAAAUCAAGUUUUUAGUUUUUGUAAUACUGUCAAAUAGAUAAUUAAAUAAGUUUUUAACAUUAAAUAUCUUUAAAUAUUAAUAAGUAACAUAAAUAUUUAACAUUGGUUCUUGUACAUAUCAGAAUAAAAUAAUUGAAUAGGAAAGAUGUUAAAUAAGAUGUAUAUGUUAAAAUUAUUAGUAAUACAAUAUUAUAGAAUGAGAUACAAUAAGAUAGAAUGAAUAUUGUAAAAUGAAGGAAUCUAAGAACACGGUUUGAAUAAACGGUUAUUUCUGUAUAACAAUA